GACAAUGACAGAAUGUACUUGAGCUGUCAAAACAUCAUGAGAAUAUGAUUAAAAAAUUUCAAUCAGAAAAAGUACUGCAACAGAAAGAAAGUGUCCGUCAAUAUUUUCUUGUUAUCGAAGUGAAUGUACCGUAUCGAACCAAUGCAAAUGUGGUCAAAGUAAAGAAAUUAAAGCGGAUAAAAUGCUUUUUCGUAUCAAUCCCAUAAAAUUGUUGCUGAGGCAGAACACAAAAUCGGUAUAUAUUAGAUAUUGUAGUACACAACAGAGCGAUGUGCAUGAUUGUUCACAAAAUGUAGCUAAUAAAUCCGUUCGUGUCCGGUUUGCACCCAGUCCAACAGGUUAUUUGCAUUUGGGUGGUUUACGAACGGCUUUAAUCAACUUUCUCUAUGCCAAAGCACACAAUGGAACAUUUAUCGUCCGUAUUGAAGACACCGAUCAGUCAAGAACCGUUCCAGAUGCACAACAAAAUUUCUUCAGAAAUUUAGAAUGGGCCGGCAUCGUGCCUGACGAGAGUGUGAUUCAUGGCGGCAACUAUGGACCGUAUGUGCAAAGUCAACGACUCAAAAUAUAUCGGCAAGAGGUGAGGAAACUACUCGAAAAUGGCAGUGCCUAUUAUUGCUUUUGCACAGAAAAACGACUGGAAACAUUGCGUAAGGAGGCGAUUGAAGCCAACGAAAUACCGAAAUAUGACAAUCGAUGUCGACAUUUGACACCGGUUCAAGUGGCUGAAAAACUAGCAAAUAACGAUCCAAUGUGCAUUCGGUUUAAAUUGGAAUCGGAAACCGUACCUGAGUUCAACGAUUUAGUCUUUGGCGAAAUGAGUAUCGAUGUGAGUGACGAAGGUGAUCCAAUCAUUAUCAAAUCGGACGGAUUUCCCACGUAUCAUUUUGCGAAUGUUGUCGACGAUCAUCUAAUGGAAGUAACACAUGUGCUACGCGGUGCUGAAUGGAGAAUUUCCACACCAAAACAUUUACUGUUGUAUGAUGCAUUUGGAUGGAAACCACCACAAUUCGGUCAUCUGCCGUUGAUAUUGAACCCAGACGGAACAAAGCUUAGCAAACGACACGAUCACGCUAAUGUUGAUUAUUACCGAGAUCGGAAAAUUUUCCCGCUUGCCCUGGUUAACUACAUAACAUUGAGCGGUGGUGGUUUCGUACGUGAACCAGGUGCGAAGCUCAGAAAUUUCACAAUGGAUGAAUUAAUAAAAGCUUUCGACAUCGAAAGGAUAAAUAAAAAUUCGAGUCGAUUAAAAACCGAACUCUUGGACGAUUGUAAUCGUUUGGAACUGAUUCGACACAUAAAGGAUCCAGCAUUAUGUGAUGAAAUCGUGAAACAAGUUCAAGAACUUAUAAAACGAACAUAUCCAAAACACAUUGACAGUCUUGAUCUAGACGAUCAACACAUUCGCAACGUGUUAAACUGGUCGGUGGGCACAGAGCGUCUACAGUCGUUGCAACAAUUGGUCGAGGGUGAAUUGUCAUUUUUGUGGAUACUACCAAAAAUCCAACCCGAUAACAUCCAGUCGGAAUGGGUGGGUAAAUUGGUAGCGGCCCUUGAAAGUGGUGAUUUCGAUAAAACACGCCUCUCUGAAUUGCUGCGUGAAUUUUCAAAGGAAAAUAAUUUGAAAUUCCCCAAAUUCAUGGCCUCGUUGCGUACCAUGCUGGCUGGCAUCAAAGAGGGACCUGGCGUCGCGGAUAUGAUGGAAAUCUUAGGAAAGACAGCGACAAUAAAACGUAUCACGAGGAAAAAAAGUGACAAAUAAAAUCAAAAAAAAAAUGAAUCGUCUCGAUGAGUUGUGAGUAGUUACUCACAAGGGAUUGUAUUUUAAAUAUAUCAUUCAUGUUUUCAGUAUUUGUUUUGGCAUGCGAUCCCAAGCGACGAACAAAUACAAUUUCAUUGAAUAUAUUAAUAAAAUGGAAUACAUUUGAAUUCAAAUAAAAAAAACAAUCUAUUUGUUAUCAUUUUUUCCAUUGGAUCUAGUACUACGUUUGAGCAUUCCAAAGCGAUUGACAUCUACACCGGUUGUCACAUACAGUGUUUGAACCAUGAUAGAUUCAAGAAUGAUGCUGAAUAAUUUGUAAUUUUUCCCAUAAAAA